UGUCUCUCAGGCGCGACCAUGACAAUCUCAGUCACUACCCAACUACUGGCAGUGGCCAGUUGGGCAGCUAAUCGUCUGGAUAUCGUAGCGAUAGGUCAAGACUCGCAGAUGUGGCAUACUUCUUGGGACAAUGCUUGGCAAUCUGGCUGGGAUUCGCUUGGGGGGUCUUUCAAAGAAUUUGCGCCGACCGUGGUAUCAUGGUCUGAGAACCGCCUCGACGUUUUCGGCAUAGAUAGAGACUCUAGCAGAGCAUUGCACAAAGCCUGGAAUGGCCAGGCUUGGGACCGAGAUUGGUACACCAUCAAUCAGCAAGCAUUUCAAGGCCCGCUCGCUGUUGAUGCUUGGGACGCGAAUCGGCUGGAUAUAUUCGGUGUCGGCACAAGCAAUGGAGCUAUGUACCAUCAGUCCUGGUCCGGCCAGUGGCAAGAUGACUGGGAAAAUCAUGGGGGCAUUUUUACCAGCAAUCUUGUGGCUACCUCGUGGGCAUCGCAGCGUCUUGACAUUUUCGGUAUCGGUGCCAGUUCUCAAAGCUAUCCGGCAAUGUAUCACUUGGCUUGGGACAAGGUGUGGCAGCAGGAUUAUGACUCCUUGAGUGGAGGCUUCACCAGCCAGCCAGCAGUUGCGUCUUGGUCGAAAGACAGACUUGAUGUGUUCGGCACCGGGAGCGAUUUUGCGAUGUAUCACAAGGCAUGGGAUGGAAGGAGCUGGUCGCAAAACUGGGAAAAUCUCGGUGGUGUUUUUACCAGUCCACCCGCAGUCGUUUCAUGGGCACCAGGAAGACUAGAUGUCUUUGGACUCGGGACCGACGGUAAUGUGUAUCAUCGAGCAUAUGACAGCGCAUGGGGAAAAUGGCAAGAUGGAUGGAAUGCUCUGGGUGGGCCGUUCAAAACCCCACCAGUGGUUACAUCUUGGGGCAAAAAUCGUCUCGAUAUUUUCGCAAUAGCGAAUGAUAAUGCCGUGUGGCACAAAGCUUGGGGAGGGUCCAGUUGGGGCAGUUGGGAUUCACGAGGAAAGCCUGGUGGAACUUCAUCAUCGAAUGCUCCAGGAACGACCCGUAGUAGUGAAGCCGGGAACGGUACUCCGACCAGUACAGGAACCGAAACCACACCGUCCGCUGGAGUGCCAGGACCGCCUGCUGAUAGACCCGGAAUGUCUGUGGAUGGGAUGCCUACCGAAGCCAUGGGAACAGUAAUGCCUACUUCAGGAACAGCGAUACCGACUACAUCUACAGACAGUAACAGCAGUCCGUCGUCUGGAUCAAACGUUUCUAGUGGCGCAUCAUUGCUUCGGUGUGGAAUUUCUCCGCUGUCCAUUGUUGCGUUUUUCCUCUUCAUCAAGACCGCAGCCUUAUGA